AUGGCUCCUUGCAUACCAAAGACUUUUACUGCGGGACAGAAUCCCCUCAUUGUGUCUGCCUCCCCUAAUCCACUCGGCUUCUCCCUGCCUGCAUAUUCAUAACUCUUCUACUACAAGUACCGUUCCCUCGUAUUGAAUCAAACUGCUUACAUACGCGAAAAAUAGCUUCGAGGGUGCCCUUGAGAUCAACAAUAUCACCCCGCCACAAGGCCGUUCCUUCCUCUUCCGAGUGACAUUCCAUGUCAAUCAUCCCCGCCUCAAGGCCAUUGCCGCAACCGGGAAGAAGCCUCCCCUCCACUUCCACCCUUACCAAGUCGAGUUCUUCCAAGUCAUCUCGGGCAAGGUGACGAUCGAAGUGGAGGGGGCCGAGCGCGUGCUCUCCGCCGAGAGCGGCGAGGUCAGCAUCCAGCCGGGCCCUUAUCAUAGACUCUGGCCGACCCCCGGUUCCGAGGAGAACUUGAUCUUCGACCUUAGCGCCAGCGAGGCCCCCGACGUAUCGUUGAUUGUCGAUCAAAGCUUUUUUGAGAAUUGGUACGGGUAUCAGAAUGAUGUCCUGUUGCAUGGGGAGAAGAUUGAUAUUAUUCAGGUCAUGAAUGUGAGGACCCCGUUAUAUCCCCUGAAUAACUUUUGUUCUGGGUUCGCUUCUGAGAUCUUUGUUUCACCCGAUUCCAUUCCUUUUUCGCUUUUUUUUAUCUCCUUUGCGUUUCUUUAAUCCCCUUUUUUUAUUAUUAUCUUUUUUAUUUUCUUCUUUGGGAUUGCUCGGUUAUGUUCUCUCUCCUCUUCUCCUCGGCCGGUGGUGCUUGUAUUACCCGUGCAUUUUAGCAAUGAGCAAGAGGCAAGUUGGGGGAGGGUGAGGCAGAGAGAACAGUUGACUGGCUGCGUUGGGUUGGCUGUGAUGAGACAAUGACCGACCAACUUCACGAAACCCACCCGGGCGUCCCUAAUCACGAAUCAUUGGCGUCGAACAAGCAUCCAUCCGUAUCGCUUGCUUACCUAGCCGAGAAAAAAGCCUUAGCACCUCGGCCACCUCCAUCCGGGCAACUGAAGGGGGAAAAAACAAAUACCCAUUUCGUGUCACAUUUAUUUUAUUUUUUCCUUUUACAACCAUCUCCUUCAGCUGACGUGCCGCAACCAUCUAUCUUUAAUCCUUAACUAAACUAAUAAUUUCUGUGCUAAAAAAUAGAUGUUCGAUGCCGGCGACUCCUAUCUCGCGUUACUCCCAAGAUGGUUUCCCUUCGGUCGUAUCCUCGCUCAGCUAAUAGGCAUUGUUAUCGGACGCUGGUUUGGGAGCCUACUAGGCUACAAACCGUUCCAUCCCGAGUGGACGACCGAUUGGCUCGGUGCGUGCGACAAGAUGGACAAGUCUAUUUUCUACAAACGCUUCGCGGAUAGGAGGGCGCAGGAUGUUGCUCGGAAGCGGUUUGAUGAUUCGUCGAGCUCCAGUAAGAGUGAU